AUGGAGCGGCUGACGGCGCUGGAGAACAACUUCACGCUGCUGCUCUCCCGUGGCCACAUCGAGCCCUACAAGACAUUGGACGAGGCCCUGGCCGCUGCUUCUAGAUUUCAUCAGCCCAUUGAUGUGAAGGUGACGGACCCGAUCGUGACCCCAGAAUCCGGCGACGAUGAACAGAAGAAGAUGCCCUUUUGGCGAUCGCGGAUUAUUGCCCUUUACGUGGAUUGGGUGAAGACGUUCUCCACAUUUCGCGGGUUGCCCCACUCCGAUAAGAUAGCCCUAAUAACAAACCAUGCCUCCUCGUAUAUGAUCAUGUGCGAGGCGUUUCGCACCCCUGAUCAUACGGAUGAGCAGGAAGUGACGAAUCGGAUAUUGCGUGAGACGGCACUAGGAAACCCGAUGGCGACGAUAGAGCUGACGCAAAAUGGUUCCGAGAUGAUACGAUUGCCGACAGAAUAUGGGAGUCUUCCCGCCGACUAUGGUGGAUGGCUGCCGGCUGACUACGGCCGUCCCUCAACGGGCACGGAGGGUCGAUCGACGAUGCACGCGUUCUUCGACCCGUUGCUGCUCGUCGAACGGCAAAAAGUUGGCGAAGAAGAGUGGCCGAAAGAGACAAAGAUGGGAGAGGCACCCAACAGCAAUUAUCCCAUUGCUGGAAGCCUCUCCGGCCUAACGCCAGUGAUGGCGUGCGUGAUCGACUACGUGAUGCGCCCCUUUCGCCAGCUGAACAUAUCAACUACAGAAUUCUCCCUACUACAGGCCAUCAUGUUUUUCGACCCAGACACGGAAGGCCUUGACUCGGCCUCACAGCGCAACGUCAGCGCCGAGCAGCAGAAGUUGAUCGCCGCCCUGCACCGAUACGUCACCCAGAAUUAUAAUGUCGACGACGCGGCCCAGGAGCGGUUCACGAGUAUUCUGUUGCGGAUACCAACGAUACGGAAAGUGGCCGCCAAGAAGAACGAGUCACUGCAAAUCAUCGACCUUUUCAACCUGUUCACGCUCAAUUCGCUGGUCAAAGAGACACACGGGAUACGAUCCGCCACCCCGAACACCAUUCUAGAA